AACCUUAACAUCAUCAACAAAAACCCCCAAUCUCAAUCUCAAUCUCAAUCUCAAUCAUUCACUUCCAUAAUCAUUUUCUCACUCCAUCACAACACAACAAUCUCGUUUCUUUCUCACUGUCUAAACCCCAAACCAAAAACAAAACCAAAACUCAAGAAUCAUUCAAAAUUCCAGACCAUAACAAUAACAACCAUUCUCAUUGUUCUUCAUAUUCUGAUUUUUCAAGACUCAUACACUACUCAUUGAAAACACAUCUAAAAAAUUCAAUGUUCUCAACCCCAUUUAUUCUCACUUUCUCUCUCCUCCUCUCUCUCCCAAUCAUUUUCUUUCUCGCUCCUCGCAUCCUCCCACCACACCCUAACCCUAUCCCAAUCUCACCUUCCGAUGAACUCGAUGACAUCAACCUUUUCAACACCGCAAUCUCUCAUUCCUCAUCAUCAUCACCCCCUAAUUCCAUUUCACACCCCUCCAAAUUCUUUCACCUCUCUUCCAAAAACCCUAACCUCAAAAUCGCUUUUCUUUUCCUAACUAACACAGAUCUCCAUUUUACCCCUCUCUGGAAUCUCUUCUUCCAAACAACACCUAAAAAACUCUUCAACAUUUACGUUCAUUCAGACCCACGCGCCAACAUAACGCGCGUUAACAACCCUCUGUUUAAAUUCAUUUCCUCCAAAAACACCUAUCGUGCUUCCCCAACUCUCAUCUCCGCCACGCGCCGUUUACUCGCUACCGCCAUCCUCGACGAUCCUUCCAAUGCUUAUUUCAUCGUUCUUUCGCAAUACUGUAUACCUCUUCACUCUUUUAAUUACAUUUACCGAUCACUUUUUCUUUCUCCGACGUUCGAUUUAACCGACACCGAAUCCACGAAAUUCGGUGUUCGGUUAAAAUAUAAAUCGUUUGUUGAAAUUAUUUCCAAUGGUCCCAAACUAUGGAAACGUUAUAUCGCUAGAGGACGUUAUGCGAUGAUGCCGGAAGUUCCGUUUGAGAAAUUUCGAGUUGGAUCGCAGUUUUUUACCCUAACAAGAAAACAUGCUUUGGUUGUUGUUAAAGAUAGAACGUUAUGGAGGAAAUUCAAGGUUCCUUGUUAUUAUGAUGAUGAGUGUUACCCCGAGGAACAUUAUUUUUCGACGUUGUUGUCAAUGAAUGAUCCUGAUGGUGUUACUAGCUAUACUCUUACCAAUGUUAAUUGGACUGGAACUGUUAAUGGUCAUCCUCAUACUUAUCGACCGGAGGAAGUUUCGUCCGAGUUGAUUCUUCGGUUGAGGAAAUCCAAUCAUUCCGAGUCUUAUUUGUUUGCCAGGAAAUUUGUUCCUGAUUGUUUGGAACCUUUGAUGAACUUAGCUAAAUCAGUCAUUUUCAAGGACUGAAUAAUUUGGGGGAAUUUCAAGAUCUUGAAAUGAUGGAAAUGGUUGGCGAAGAUAUUUGUGGCGCGAUGAUAUUUGCUUGAUGUUGCUGUGCAUAUAGCUUGACGGGGUAUAUAGUUUGAAGAAGCAGUGUAAGGCUCACAACCUAUAUAUACUUAAUUGGAACUCUCUGAUGGAGAAACUGGAUAAUUCGUCAAUGAUGAAUCAGAAAUCAUAAUAAGAGAGAUAGUUUUGAUAAUAUACCUGCUUGAGCUAAAAAGAGAGGCAGGUGCUCUUCUAGUCAAGUGUAUCUAUUCAGUUGGUUAAGUAAUCUCAAUAGAAGAUUGUUUAGGUAGUUUUGUCUUGUGUUGAAUUUUUGUACAUAUGAAGUGUGUAAACAUAUUUUGUAAGAAUCUCCAAAAGAGUACUUGUGUUGGGUAAAAAAACAUGAGGUGUUGCCUGAACAUGAGGCAAAAGUGAUGAUAUAGAAAAACUGCCCAAAUCUGGCCAUUUGCUUGUGUAUUCUGCAAUUGAUUCUUUCUCCAACUGUGAUAUAUUUUUCCUUUACUGGUUCCUAAUUCUAUUGGCCCCCCUUCUCUUUCUCCUUUUGAUUUUGUUCUUUUUGGGUCUUUCUCAUGUGAUCUCUUUGUUUAGUGGGAAUUGGAAAGUACUAUCUGAUAGUGGCUUUAAUUUCAUUUUGAAUGUUCAGUAGUAUCAGAUUCCUUUCCUUUGUAGCAAAGCAAUAUAUGUAUUAUUCAUAGUAGCAGCAUACUUAUUUUGAGUACAUACUGGUGAAUUGUAAUUAGCUGUGUCAACUGGGCUGUGUUCAUACUUCAUUGUAUAUUUUGGAAUGAGUUUGAAUCUAUA